UAGCAAUUGACACAGUUCAGAGGCGCCAAUGACAGAUGCUAGCAAAAUCCUAACAGUAUUGUGAUCAUAUAUGAAAAAUAAAAACAUUAAAAAGUGAAAUGUGUUGAGUACCAUUGAUUCAAAAGUUUCAUCAAACAAUAACAACAAUGUCUAUCGGAGUUAAUUUGAGAGUGACGGGCUAUUGUCGCCAAGGUGGUCGUAAAUAUAUGGAAGAUUUUUUUUCUGUUGCUUAUCAGCAGACUGAAGACGAAAAAGAUUUGGAAUAUGCCUUCAUAGGAAUUUUUGACGGACAUGGGGGUGCUGAAGCGGCUGCAUUUGCGAAAGAGCAUCUUAUGGAGUCUAUUAUCAAACAUAAAAGUUUUUGGUCUGACAAUGAUACUGAAGUGUUACGAGCCAUUAAAGAUGGUUACAUAGCUACACACUAUGCUAUGUGGAAAGAACAAGCAAAAUGGCCAAAAACACCAUCAGGUCUUCCAAGUACAGCUGGUACCACAGCCAGUGUAGCUUUUAUUAGACGAGGAAAAAUAUAUGUUGGUCACGUGGGUGAUUCAGGAAUAGUAUUGGGUUAUCAACUUCCAAACACCACAGAAUGGAGGGCAAAGCCUUUGACCAAAGACCAUAAGCCUGAAAAUGCUGAAGAGAUGACUAGAAUUAAAGAAUGUGGAGGCAAAGUUGUUGCUAAAGCAGGAGUGCCAAGAGUAGUUUGGAACAGACCUAGAAUAGGGCAUCAAGGACCUAUUCGCAGAUCCACGCCAAUAGAUGAGAUACCAUUUUUGGCAGUGGCUCGUAGUUUGGGGGAUUUGUGGUCGUAUAACUCGCGGUUGAACCAGUUUAUUGUAUCUCCAAAUCCCGAUUGUGGCGUUAUAGCUAUUGAUACGUCGAUCCACCGCUGUUUGAUAUUUGGAACUGACGGUUUAUUCAAUAUGAUGAGUCCUCAAUUGGCUGUAUCUAUUGUGCAUCAGACAGAGAAAAACAAUGAAGUUGCCACCGUAGACCCUGAUCAACAGAAGACUUGGCUAAACCCUAGCAAGUUGCUGGUAGAAAAAGCUUUGGAAAGAUGGCGAACCACCAAUAUGCGGGCGGACAACACAUCUGUGGUAACCUUGAUGUUGGAUCCUCCUGGUCCUCCGAGGGCCCAAGUACUCCAGCGAAAACACAAGCAAUAUCCAAUGACGGGUUUUAAAAUAGUGACACGUUUCAAAGACGACGAACAGAGCUCGGAAGAUGGAAAUGUCAGUGAAAGCGGUUCCGCCCUGGAAGAAAACGAACAUCCCAUCACCAAAGAGGACGUAACACCGACCGUUUCAGAGGAAAUCAUCGAGGAGACCUCGAAGGUGGAGAACCCACAAAGCGGCGAAGAGCCAAAGAGCGAAGCUAGUCCGAACUGUAGUACAAAAUCACAAGUACCUUUCUCCGAAGUGUCUUCAAACCCACUACCUCUAAAAGAGCGGAAUUUCGUUCCUAAGGCGAGGGACAGCAUGAGUUUCGACCCGAGAGAACCUUACAGUCCCAGCAAAUUGCAGAACGAGAAGGAGAAUCAGUUGGAUAAGAGCAAGGAUACGUUGGAGGUAUCCGUUCAGAUCAACGAGAUCUCGUCGAGUUCCACGGAUUUGUUCGAGAGCGUGGAGGAAGAACCGGAAAACGACCAAGGUAGUUUGAUACGGCACAACUUGAGGAGCAUGGGGAAGUUCAAGGAACUCCCGGCCACGGAGCAGAAACCCAAGCUGAAACGUAAAAGUAACGAGGAGGAGCCUUUGCGGAAAAGUAUGAGAAUCGAUAAUGCACGAAGGAAAAGUGACAGGCUCGAAGGGAACAGGAAAAUAAACGAGAAAAACUCAAAGUUGAAGUUGGCGAGGAAACUAUUGAAAAAGAAAAACAUCGACCUUAAGAAGAAGAUUUUGAAGAGGCCGUCCCUGAGGAAGAAGUUUAGGAUGAUGAUGGAGUCGGUUAAACAGUCGUCGAAGAGUUCUUUGAUGCGGAUCAGCGCUAAAGGAGCGUUACCGAAGAGGAAUAACGCAGUGGUUCCCAGUGAUGUUUCAAAGUGUAUCCGUGGCAGUUCUACACAGAAAACCCAAAAGUCAGCACCGAAAAGGACGAAGAGGUCGUUGUCGGAACACCUGGAGGACACAGAGUCUUCGAGGAGGGAAUCAGACGGUCUCAGAUUAUCUUCCAGCGGGGAAUGGAAAGUGGACACCGUUAAAAAAUGCCACGUGGCUAAAAAGACUGCGUUGCCGAGGAUGAACGAAACGGUUAAGAGACGAACGAAGAGUCUGGGAGGGUUAGACAAAUACCACAGAGAGGAGAUUUCGAAGACUCCACUCGUGAGUGGCAGGAAAACUCCGCAACGGGUGUCGUUAAGGCACAACCCGCAGAAUCAGACCUCGAAACUACGCAGGAGGCUCUCCAAGAGUAAGUAAGUCCCCUGUACGGUGCCUCCCUCUCAAGAACGAAUUAAAAUUCCAAAGAAAUACACGUAUCAGUAAAAAUUAUUUCAAUUCGAUUUUCAGUUGUAUGAUUUAUCUGUUCCUAAGAUAUAUCGACGCCUUGCAUGAUUCAAUGCUGAAAAUAAAUUUUGGAUGAAUAUAUAUAUACACGGUGAGAAAAGUGUGGGAAUUGAAUGUUUGGAUUUUAGUUCUCGUCCUUUUCGUGCGAGAUUCUUGCAGUUUCCAAAACUGAUAUUUUUUCACUUUGUGUUUCGAAAGAAUUCCUCUCAAAUGGUGAAUUCGCAGUUAUUUUUCCAUAUAAACGGAAUUGGAGAUAUUGUAAACUAAGUUAUUGUCAAAUUUGAAGUUUUAGCUCAGACUUUGGGGGUUUUUCAUGUUUUCCCGACUUCGAACUUUUCAUCUUUUCAUUCUUGUAUUUUAUGCAUUCGUUGUUGUGAAUUUGAAGCUCUGAUUGUACAUAGGACUCUUCAUGUUUAUUGUUUUUAUUCAUAAAUUUGGUUUAACGAUGUUCCAAUUUUUCUAUAGUGGUAUUUUAGUAUAUUUUCAUGUAUUAUGGUGUUUUAAAUUUAAUUUUUUCGGACAUUUAAAAAGAAAUCGCUCGAUUUAGAUCCUACUUCGUUUAUUUUAGACGAUUUUGUGUCGACUGUAUGGGAUGUUGAGGAAUUUUCGAAAAUAAGGAUAUAAAGAAUAUGCUAUUUUUAUAGAGAAAAAUAUGUAUUUUUAAAUUGGCAAUGAAUGGAAUUCCAAUUUUUCACCUUUACUAUCUAUUCUUUUUUUUUUUCACUGACCUCUUAUUUAGGCUAAUCACGAUUAGUAAUAGAAAUUGUGCCUUUGUUACCAAAAUAACUUUGCACUUGGGCAAGAAAAAGAAUUAUAUUUAUAAGAGAAAUGUAUAAUUUUCCAAUAAAUAGAAAGAUCAUUA